ACCCUCGUCUGUUCCACCAGCAUUCCAACUCCUGACCCCAAACUCUAGGGUUUCCCAGCCACCCCCCGCGAACCCCCACGCCGAGCCGACUCGAUCCGAAACCAAUCCACCCCACAACUUCCGGCGGCGAUGUCGACAGCGGCGGCGCAGGGCGGCGAGAAGCCGGCGCUCAGGAAGCCGGUGUUCGUCAAGGUUGACCAGCUCAAGCCUGGCACCAACGGCCACACCCUCGUCGUCAAGGUCGUCAGCGCCAACCCCGUCCCUGGCCGCACGCGCCCCGGUGCCCCCGCCUCCUCCUCCCGUCCGCCCCGCAUCGCGGAGUGCCUCGUCGGCGACGAGACUGGCACCAUCAUCUUCACCGCCCGCAACGACCAAGUUGAUGUGUUGAAGCCUGGUGCCACAGCAAUAUUGCGCAAUGCUAAAAUAGACAUGUUCAAAUGUUCGAUGAGGCUUGCCGUGGACAAGUGGGGGCGUGUAGAGGCUGCAGAACCUGCCAGCUUUACAGUGAAGGAAGAUAACAACUUGUCGCAAGUAGAGUAUGAAUUGGUUAAUGUGGCUGAGUAAUCGUCCAAGUUUUCAUGCCCUUUCCUUGCCAUAAAAAUGAAGUACUUUGAAUGAAUUAUGAAGCCUUUGCUAAGCCUGUUUAUUUCGUAUGGUGGUAGUAGCUAAGAUCAAGAUUGUAUCACUUUUAAGUUAGAAUGUUGAUGGAUUAAACUGAGCUGUCCGUGCGUCUACUACAUUGUGAUUCCUCUUGGCACUAUUUUCAUCCCUGUAAUGGAACGAGGUCAGGCCCGGUUCUUGAGAUGAA